UGUGCCGCUACCACCCUAACACAUAGGACCUUUCCAAGAUCAUGGGUUCGCAAUGGUUGGUUGCGUACACGCCCCUUGCGAGACGCGGCUUGCCCUUAAAACAUGUGAUGAUCCCUUUCAAACUGUUAUUAUACAACAGCUGCCCUUCUUUUUAUUAAUUCCGCGACAAUUGACUCCUAGUCUGCAACUAUCGCCAUCCCCUGAAUGAGAAGAGUGCGCUUUUAGAUUCGAAGAAAAAGAAAAAGGGAGACUAGAAAGAUGGCGGAGGCAACAAACGAGGGAGGCGCGAGUAUUGGGAAUGGCGGAAACGGCAAAAGUACUAGCAAGAGCUCAAGGGGCCAUUGCAAAAGGUUAUGGUGGCUUUACGUGUUGAUAAUACUCGUCAUUGCGGUAGUUGUCGUUGUGCCUUGCGUGAUACUCGUGGUCGUCCCGAGGAUGGCUCAAAAUAAGCUCGACGAGGCCAGGUUGACUAUCGAUGGCAUCAGCGUUACCAAAGUCCAGACCAACUCUCUCAAUAUGGCCAUCAACUCGACAAUCACCACAGACGGAUCGACUCAUGCCACCAUAGAUGGAUUCGAAGGGACCAUGUAUCUAGCAGACGCCAACCCUCCCCUUGCGUUCGCAAAGAUCAACUUUCCAGAGACGACGUCGGACGCCCACCAGACGGUUGAUAUUAGCCAGGAAAUCCCGAUCUCGGACCAGAACGCUUUUACGACGUUCAAUGAGCAACUCAUCCAGCGCGAAUCUGUCAAUGUGUUGGUAAAAGGGGACACACAUGUCCACGUCCGUGGAAUAUCCCGCGCCUAUAGUGUAACCUUUAGCAAGACGGUCUCGCUUAAGGGGCUUGACGACUUUAAGGACCUCAGUGUCACGAACCCGCAUGUGAGCCUCGCACAGGCUGACAACUUCAACGCUACUGCCCAUAUCCCCAACCCAUCUUCGUUGACGCUAGACGUCGGCAAUACUACUUUCCACACAUACUUGAAUGGCAGCGAAAUCGGGACGUCGUACAUAUUAAAUAUGGUCCUACACCCAGGGACGAAUGACUUUUUCAUCUGGGCUGAUAUCAACAAUACAGCUGUCCUUAACGCACUAACAAAACGACCCACGUGCGAGCGCAACGGCACCCUUACGUUCGAACUGUCUGGGAAGAAUGUGACGAAUCUUGGUCAGCCCAUACCGUACUUCGCCAAUUCAUUGGCUGCUAGUAACAUGAGCGUUGAUAUCCCCAUCGGUCAAGCGAUCAAGAGUGAUAUUGGUAUCUCGGUUGGAUGUAUGGAUUAAUAUGGAUUCUGAUGUCGCCUACUUUGGGAAUGUUAGCAGGU